UACACAGUAGUGAAGAAGAUAUCUGGUGAGUGUGAGACACCCAGCAGCCAUCCUCGUGUGUCAGGCGGACUAAGCAUGAUCCACAGCCCCAUCACAGUGCCUCCACCUCACUCACUGAUACAUGAGAGAGACAGUGACCAGAAGAUCCUGGAACUCACCAACAAGAUCAUUCAGCUGCUGAUAGGAGAGGAGGUGGAGUAUAUAGAGGAACACAGGGGUCUGUACAAGGACGUGAUGAUGGAGAAUCACCGGCCCCUCACAUCACUGGAUGGGCCCAGUAACAGAGAUACCCCAGAGAGAUGUCCCCGUCCUCUGUAUUCCCAGGAUUGUACAGAGGAGAACCACAGGACCCCACAGGAGGAUCAGGUAGAACGUCUGUCUAAUAUUAAAACAGAAGAUACAGAGGGAGAAGAAGAGACGUAUGUGACUGAUAUAAAGGCAGAAGAUAUAGAGGGAGAAGAAGAGAUGUAUGUGACUGAUAUGAAGGCAGAAGAUAUAGAGGGAGAAGAAGAGACGUAUGUGACUGAUAUAAAGGCAGAAGAUAUAGAGGGAGAAGAAGAGACGUAUGUGACUGAUAUAAAGGCAGAAGAUAUAGAGGGAGAAGAACAGACGUAUGUGACUGAUAUAAAGGCAGAAGAUAUAGAGGGAGAAGAAACGUAUGUGACUGAUAUAAAGGCAGAAGAUAUAGAGGGAGAAGAAGAGGCGUAUGUGACUGAUAUAAAGGCAGAAGAUACAGAGGGAGAAGAAGAGACGUAUGUGAGGGGUGAUCAGCAGUGUAAGGAGGAGGAGAUCCCUACAGAUAUCAGCACAGCAGAUGGACACACAAGCAGGAAUAUCUCAGAAGGACGUCUAAUGUUAUCCCCGGAUUGUGACAUAAAAGAUGACAGUAGACAGGAUUCUCCAGGAAAUAAUCCCAUUACCCCAAUUAUACAUCCAGCUCUAUCAUCUGAUCCGCCUGAUCCUGGGAAAUGUUCUCCUGAUCACUCUGAUAUUGGAGCAUUUGUUACAGCUCUGAGAGUAGAUACAGUGUUUCCCUGUUCUAUAGAUGCCAAAUGUUUUACACAGAACACAAAGCUUAUUACCCAUCAGCCAGCUAAGGCAGCUGAGAGGCAAUUUCCAUGUUCUGAGUGUGGAAAAUGUUUUACAUACAAAUCAGCUCUUGUUAGACAUCAGCAAAGUCACACAGGUGAGAAGCCAUUUCCAUGUUCUGAGUGUGGGAAAUGUUUUGGCCGGAAAUCACAACUUGUUAUACAUCAGAGAACUCACACAGGUGAGAGGCUAUUUCCAUGUUCUGACUGUGGAAAAUGUUUUACUUGGAGAUCAAGUCUUGUUACACAUCAGCAAAGUCACACAGGUGAGAAGCCAUUUCCAUGUUCUGAGUGUGGGAAAUGUUUUGCCCGGAAAUCACAUCUUGUUAUACAUCAGAGAAGUCACACAGGUGAGAAGCCGUUUCCAUGUUCUGAGUGUGGGAAAUGUUUUGCAGACAAACCAGGGCUUGUUAGACAUCAGAGAAGUCACACAGGUGAGAAGCCAUUUUCUUGCUCUGAGUGUGAGAAAUGUUUUUCACGGAAAUCACAUCUUGUUGAUCAUCAGCAAAGUCACACAGGUGAGAAGCCAUUUCCAUGUCCUGAGUGUGGGAAAUGUUUUGCAGACAAAUUAUAUCUUGUUAGCCAUCAGAGAAGUCACACAGGUGAGAAGCCAUUUUCUUGCUCUGAGUGUGAGAAAUGUUUUGCCCAGAAAUCACAACUUGUUAGACAUCAGCUAAGUCACACAGGUGAGAGGCCAUUUCCAUGUUCUGAGUGUGGGAAAUGUUUUGCCCUGAAAUCAGAUCUUGUUAAACAUCAGAGAAGUCACACAGGUGAGAAGCCAUAUUCUUGCUCUGAGUGUGGGAAAUGUUUUACACAGAACUCAUAUCUUGUUAUACAUCACAGAAGUCACACAGGUGAGAAGCCAUUUCCAUGUUCUGAGUGUGGGAAAUGUUUUAGCCAGAAAUCACAUCUUGUUACACACCAGAGAAAUCACACAGGUGAGAAGCCAUUUUAAUCUUCUGGAGUAUACUUAUUAUUGCCAUGCGUUGUUCUUCAAGGUUCUUAUCCUAUGUCCUGUGCUUUUUGCAAUAUACAUGCAACCACUGGGUGAAAUAAUCAGCUGUCAUGCCCUCAUCUACCACUGCCUACAGAUGGUCUGUCUUUUGUUCUGGGUACUGAGAACCCAGUACCAAUCCUAAAUGUCUAGCUGAGCUCCAGGUGUGGGUGUUGCCAGCGGGCUGUGACUUAAUCCAGGUGAAACAGGUCCUUAUGCUAGCUCACCAACAAAGGACAGGGCUACAGCUCAGCUUUGUUACCAACCAGACUUACGCUUGGGGGUUCAGGUUUACAUAAUGCUGAUCCUGUGCAGAAUCUUGGUGUCCUGGAUGGUAGAGUGACACUUAGACAUCAGGUAUCUGCCACAAUCAGAUCCUCAUCUGAGGAACAUAGUCAGACUCCAGCACUUAUUUCCCUCAGAAGAUCUACCUACAGUCAUACAUGCACUUGUAUCAUCACACAUAGACUACUGCAAUGUCCUCUACCUGGGUCUCCCAGCAAAAGAAUUGCACCGCUUGUAGCUUGUACAGAAUGCAGCAGCCAGGCUGUUACCUAACCAGCCCGUUCCUGCCACAUAACACCCAUUCUCUACUCCCUUCACCGGCUGCCUGUAAGAUGGUGACUCUGGGCCUAAUUCAGGUUGGACUACAGUGUGUGAUCCAAACGGAAUUAUUGAGAAAAACUUGCGGACGCAUGCGCAGCGCCCGUCCUGCGUAUGCGCCUGCAUUCUCUACAGGGGGCUGUAGGAAAUGUGAUUGCUUCUUGUUAAACAGGCAGAGGCGGUCACGGGGUGGGGGGUAAAGCUCCAUUUCCAGUGAGAAGAUGGAGCGUUACAAGUGCGGUGUUGCGAGAAAGGGAGGCGGACAAACGGUCAUGUUCACUGUGGCUGCAUGACAUCACACGCAGCCAUCGCAAUCUAGAAGAACGCGGUGGGGAUCCUGCAGGCACAGCUAAGCUGGCAGGAUGCUUCACUAGUUUCUAAGAUGAAGCAGAAAUUGUGGAGCGAUCGCAAUUUCUGCUUCAUAAAGGGGGAGGCGCCAGUCAGCAUACUAGGCUGCCUCGCCCUGCGAUGGGCGGCCCCCAGCACGCUAGAAAAAGGAUUGCUAAUUAGCAGCAUCUGCCUCCUUACUGACUUACUGUAGGCCCCUAUUACACAAUCUUACUGACUCUCCCAGCCCUA